AUGCGGUACCAACACCGUACCGUACCGUCUCGUCCCGUUACCGUACGGUAUAGUAAAAAACACAAUGAAGCC